AUGCUUGAGUCCAACUCUGAUCUGAACAUCGACGAGAUCAAUCUUAUUGGCACUGCGAUCGAUGUCAUGGAUGAGCAGGUCAACCUGCUCAAAGACCAGCCGGGACGGUCUCUUAAGGCAUUAACUGCUUUUAAGGAACUGCUAUCUAAAGUUAUUGACUUACUACGAGAGAGAAGAGAAGCUCGAGAUCUAGCUGAACCUUCUUCUAAGAGCCCCGAAUGGAUCGAAGCGGUAUGGGAGAAUUUUAAUAAGGCCGUGGACGAGCAUGCUUCUGAAUCGGAAGACCCUGAUGGCGUAAGGGAUAUUUACAAUGACUUAAUAGAUCAAUUUAUUCUGGAGGGCCAAGAGAGAUGCAUGAUCUCAAAAAGAUCUGAUCCCAGACGGUCUCUUAAGGUUCUGGUAGUAGUGGAGGAUCUCACGCGUGGUUUAAUCAAGCUUCGUAACACGCCGCCAUAA